AUUGCUGAGUGCGCCGUAAAACAACAAACCAACCAUAUCUAAUUCUUCCAGCAAAUGUCCGUCAAAAGUACAGAUAUCAUUUAAAUUGCUGGUAUUGACUGUAUUGUUUUCUAAGUGUCAGUCAGUUCGGUUUACGGCCACUAAGAACUAAAUUUCAUGGCGUGUUAGGUUAAAGAGUGAGGAAAGCCGGAAAUGUUGCACGGCUCAGACCCUCGAGCACGAGUAUUGUGUUGACAAACCUAGAAACAUAAUCAGUGGGGAAUCUUUGCUUCUGGCACUACUAAGGGACGCACAUAGAAUUGUGGCGCCUCAGACGACAAGAUCCACCCGUGUCUCCUGUUUGAAAAAGUUCACAUAAAUAUCAGUUUUGAUACAUUACCUCUCACUCUCGCACCCUCUAAUGUCUUGUCAUUUAUUCAAAUAUAAUCUCACCACAGAAAUGGUUACUCACUCACUCACCACAUACGUGUACUUGCGCGUAAACAUCAGUCAACCCUGUUUGAAAUGUCAUGGUAACUUGGUUAUUAGAGCAGAGACUAUAUUUAGGCUGUUUAUCGAGUGGGUGGUGGAGUGUGGACUGUAGAUAUUACUUCCUUGUCUUACAAACACGGGUUCGUGAUUCAAAUGUAGCUACAUUGUCGACACGGCCUAGUGUGUGAGUUGAUUGUAUUGUAUUGAGACGUCGCUUAUCACCUAGUGUUACAGCUCAAUAGCGAGACGUGCUGGCGUAGUGAACACAACCUACACGUGCCAGAGAGUCGAAUACCUAUGACUGGAGUACAGAUACAUUGACUGUGUGUGUAAAUGAGUACAAUAAUAUUCACAAGCUUAGUUAUGUGACGAAGAUCAGUGACAUGAGGAGGUAAAACUUGUCAUCGGGACGUGACAAAGUCAAUUAGGCAGAACCUGCUGUGAAUCCAAAAUAACCGGUUUCCCCGUGACUGUGUUGACAUGGAUGUUCCACUCGCAACCUUGUUUUUGAUGGCGUGCGGUUUUACGACAUACAUAAAGGGUUCGAACUCCCUACAACUAACAAGUUCCCCAGCAACAGCAUCGCCAGGCCAGCCGUACACCUUGAUGUGUAGUGGCAGUGGUGGCAGGAGUAGAGCAUGGAACAGGAGGAAUGAUAUCAUCUUUCGUUCACGUUAUGUAUCAGACACACACUGUGCAGUAGAUGUAUCCAACAAUAACCUGUACAACCAUCUGUCAGGACGUAUCAAUGUGACCUGUAGUCACAACCAGUACAAUGUGACUCUCAGGAUCCUCACUUCCAUAGAUAAUGGAUCUGUGUGGCAGUGUGGGGAUGAUCAGCGUAGUCAGGAGAGCAACAGAUGGACAAUACGCGUAGUAAACAUUAUGGCAACAACUACGACAGUAGCAACUACAGCCACUGCAGAAGCAACUACUACUACUACAGCAACUACAUCUACUACAGACAUCUCCUCAAGCAAGUCUUCUCAAGGAAGGGGUAGUCAAGUUGCUUACAUCGCUGCUGGUGUUGGAGGAGGUGUUGCAGUCGUCAUUGUUGUCGUCGUCAGUGUUCUGUGUAUAAGAAGAAGGAGAGGACGUCCUGUGAAUAACGGCAGUGCACAUGAACACAAGCACGAGGCAUCACAUACCUACUACAAUGAAAACCUCGUCUCACAAGACCAAGACAUUAACGACAAAGUUCAAGUGGAAAAUGAUAUUUAUGAGACUUCACGUGACGUCACUUCACCCAACCAGCCUUCAAAAAAUGAUCACAUGACAACAGAUGUUUACGCCCAAGUGCAGAAACCCAAGACAAAUAAGCCGGGACCUACAGGUACAGCUGAUGACAUCAACAUUGAGGAUCUAUACGCCAAACCUGACAAAACUAAGACCCGGAAGAAGCAGGAAGACUAAUAGAGGCUGGAAAAGGGGAAUUCUUUGAUGAUGCGAAAUGGACUGACAUAGGUAAUGUCAGAAUUCUGAAAAAGGAGAUGUUCUGUAUAUGUGCCUUGUAGAUUUUCGGUGACACAUCCUAGUUAAAUAGUUUUAUACUCUCUUCAGCAGUAUGAUUGGUACAGUGUUUUCAUUAUAAACGUUGAUUGUGUGUAUCAAAGUGUCACAGGCUCCACAUAUACAAUAGCUACUCCGAGAUCCCCUGCUCCAACUUGUAACUCAUCACUUGUUGCUAAACUUGUUAUGGAGGAUACAAUCACGAACAGGCUUUGUGCGUUUUUACAUUUUUAGGAUUUAUGAUUUUACAUGUAAUGCAGAUUCAAACUGGCUAUUUUCCAUAUUUAUUCAGGAAAUUUCUUUUCUGUGAAAUGAUAAAAAGACUAUCAUGUACGUCCUUGUGAAUUAGUGACGGAAGGAGUGAGUUAGUGAAACCCAGGAGCAUAGCUAUGGUGCUAAGAAACUAAGAGUCGUUCUCAGGGCGGCACUCGGGCACCUAAGGGACGCAAAUCUGCACAACUAAACGGGGUAUCUAACGCCAGUUUGGUAUCUAUGCCCUCGUUGAUAUUUCAGGGCUUUUGUAUAAAUUUGUUUAAUUUGUAUAAUAUCAGUUAAUAAUAUGAACAUGCCCAUAUUGUAAAUUCCACCUGUAUUGUCAGUAUGUCAAAACAAGAAUUAUCAAUGAUAACAUCACUUUAACAGUGACAAAGCUAUUUUAUCUGUGAAAAUGAUGUCACAAUAUUUUUGGUAUCCAUACACAGUUAUUAUGUCCGCAAGCAACACAUCAUGACCCGUUUAUUAGUUUCAGUAAUGUAGUUUUUACUCCAUGAAAUCAUCAAUCGCAUCGCCACUCGUAACACAGGCGAGGUUAACGUCUUAAGAGUUAUUACGAAAAAACAAAUGUUUGAUAUUUGAGAAGGUCCAUAAUUUAUGAUAUGUAAUGUCAAAAACAUAGGCUAUAAACUGAACACUACCAACGGCAUGGCCUGUGAGUGACAAAAGAGAUUAAAUGUAACAUGUAUUUCCUUUCCUAAAGCUGACGUUUUUGUUAUCCGUAAAUGAUCAACCAACUUUUUUUACGUAUAUAAUUUCUGACGAAACAAAAUAGAUUAUAAAAUUACAUUAAUUUUAUUUAGAUCACUUAUGUAGUUAAAAGUGAGGUAAAAUUCGACACGCCGCCCUACAAUCAGCUGAUCAUGAGUUCUGUUUAUUCUAUAAACUGAAAUGCAUAUGCAUGAAACUUUACUUUGACUAAAUAAUGUCUUUCAAAACAAGAAACUAGUAUCCCCGUGUUUAAUGUAUUGUCACUUUUCCCCCACCACAUGUGACUAUCACUAUAAAGUGACAUCCAUGUGAGUUAACGACCAUACACAAGAGAUAUGAAAGGGUUUUGUACUCGUCUGACUUGUACAUUGCCAUGUUGUGCAACAAAAGCUUGACACUCGUGAUCACCCGAGCAUUCAUUUCUUUAAGCGACAUGUAUGUGUGCCUGAUAAACAUGUAAGUUUUCCUCAACUCAGACCUGUACAAGAACAGCUUGUAUUGCAUGACUAUCAGUGAACACAACAAAGCGUUCUUUGGUAGACUCCCGUAACAAUGCAUAGCCUACAGACAGGCAGUAUAUGUUACCGCGGUAUGUGUGUAACAUUAGCCUGUUAUUGAAAGUGAUGUAUAUUUAGACAGCCGUUCCCUGCUGAAUAUCCCUUCCUUGUCUGGGAAACACAAUCUUGUUCAACCUGUUUCUGAAUGUGUUGACAGGCCUACAGGUGAGCUGAGUAAAUAGGGAUGAUUCGAAAAACAAAUCGUUUUGGCUCGGGCAGUAAGACUUAGUGUAUAUCCCUCGUGUUGUGUAGAGUUACUUCCUCUAGACCGCCCGCCUCAAACGUCGUAGACUUACAUUUAGUCCCAGAAAUAAAGUUAUCUUAUUAUAAAAUACAUAUCUACACAACAAAAAUAAUAAAUUAAAAUUGAGUCUAGAGCAAUCCUUAUCUAGACUUGCCAAAAUUAAUCAUUCAAGGGCUUGAGUGGGACUUGAAUAUUUUCACUUGGUUCUGGGAGACAAUAAACUUCGAUGUAUCACACACCAAGCAAACCUGAAAUAUGGAGGAUGUGGCAUCAGUGGGAAUAUCAAUAAUAUUUAUAAAUAAAGUGGAUAACCCAGCGAGCAAGUGAUAAUACAAAUAUGUUCACAUAUAUUAUUUUGAAUAAUAUAUUUGUUAUUUGAUUGAUUUAUAGAUGUAAGUUUAUACUGUCAACUCGUCAUUGAAUAAACAUCUGUCAAUCAC